UGCGCAGUUCCUUGCGCCUGGCAUGAGUCGAAGGGGGUUGGAACUAGGAGCUUGCUUUCAUUCUAUCAAAGAGAGUAAAAAGGCGUCCCUGAAGGUCGUGCUGCUUAUGAUGGACGAUAGGACUUUGCUUGAUUCGAACUGCAGAUCAAGUGGAUUAAGGGUAGUUUAUCACUAUCUCCAUCCCAUGUGAACUAUGCUGAGUGGAGAGUCCCCUCCUUUGAUUUCUUGAAGGGGACGAAAGAAACUAAGGGCCAAAGAGGGCAACCCACUCGACUCGGGAUCAUAGUGAAAAACUACCUUUGAAAUAUCUUACUUUCAAUUCUUGCUGUAGUCGGCCUUGAGUCUCGUCUCAGUCUAGUUUUUACGGCUACCUUCAGGAAAGAUGGCAUCAAGAG